UCUAAUGCUAAUCUAUCCACCAAAGACAACCUAGGGCUAUCAGCCUAACACAACCUAGGGCUGGAAGCUGUAAAUCCUAUUAAUUCGCUAAUUUUCCACCGCGGCUGCAACUGAAGAGCGCAGAAGAAGGUCUCCAUGUCAAGUGGUGUCUAUUCCAAAUUUGGAGCUCUCUUCAGCAAAGCACUGUAGAUCAGAUUUAUGGCUUCUAGCUUGAACAACCAGCCUAGUUUGAAGAAGGAAGGGAAUGAGAAUGGAGAAGAUAGGAUCAGCAGGUUACCAGACUCAAUUCUUGUCCACAUUCUCUCUUUCCUUCCAACAAAAUAUGCAGUUCGGACCAGCAUUCUAUCAUCAAGAUGGAAACACAUAUGGGCUUCUGUCCCCAUUUUGGAAUUCAAUGGUCCACUACUGUUACCUUCGUAUAUUCCGUUCCGUAAGCACAAUGACAAUGGCAGGUUCAUGAAUUUCAUUGACCGAGUCCUCUUGCAUGAUUUGUCAAGUAUUAAACGAUUCUCUCUAGGAUGUAAUCCAGAAAUUGAUACAUCUCAUUUGAGCACAUGGAUAGGUGUUGCUAUAAAGCAUAGUGUCCAUCUAUGUUACACGGACUCUUUGAAAUUUCGGAGGUACCCGUGUCGACACGACACGACACGGGUACGGGUGCGGGAUAUGGCCGGGAUACGGCUCAUCACAAAUGGAUACGGCUAUGUUUUGCCCUACAUAGAGAAGCAACGAAAUAGCCCUAAAUACAGAAGAGAGGAAAGAGGAGAGAGCAAGAACCUGGUCGCCGACUUCUCUCUAGUCGCAGGCUUCGAUCUCACCCCAAUCGAUCCUUCACUCUUGAUCUCGUCUCCUGUUCUUUCGUCUCUCGAUCUCUCCUGUUCUGUCGUCUCUCGAUCUCAUCUUCUCUCGAUCUCCUCUUCUCUCCGAUACUGCUCUCGAUUUCUCGAUCUCCUCUUCUCUCCCGUACUGCCUAUGAAGCACGGAUACUUCAAAUAGGGUGACGUAUUCGUAUCAUAUCCGUAUCGGAUACCGAUACUCCUUGGAUACUCACGGAUACGUAUUGG